AUAUGUAUAAUGGAGUUUUAAAUGAAUAAUAGAAAUGAUCUCAUCAAAGGGAGUUGACCUGCAAGCUGGGGGCACUGUAUGUUACUCCAUAUCAUAUAAAAUUGGUAGAAGUCAUCUAUGCAGCAAAGUCAACUAAAACGAGAAUCGACCUGCUACAAAGUCAACUGAGGCCAUUGCUGUAUGGUUUGAUGGAGUAAAUGAUUGCUCUACUAUAUAUAAUGCCUUAACACAAACAAAAAAGUAAAUUAGAUUGAGCAAACAAAAACUGGAAGCUUACAACAUGGAGCCAACCAAACAAGUCUUCAUCUUAGCAGGGCAGAGCAACAUGUCCGGCCGAGGCGGCGUCCACAAGCAUCAAUGGGAUGGCGUCGUCCCGCCUGAGUCCGCCGCUGACGGCGAGAAGAUCUUCCGGCUGAACGCCGACCAUGAGUGGGAGGCAGCGCACGAGCCCCUCCACCAGGGGCUCGACGCCAACAGAGUGUGCGGCGUAGGGCCCGGGCUGGCCUUCGCCAACGCGGUGAAGGAGCGCGUGGGAGCCAUAGGACUGGUGCCGUGUGCGGCGGCAGGGACGCAGAUGAAGGAUUGGGCACGAGGGGGGGAGCUCUACGAGAGAAUGGUGAAGCGGGCGAAGGCAGCAGUGGAGCGCAGCGGGGAGAUCGCGGCGGUGCUGUGGUAUCAAGGGGAGAAGGACACCUUCUUGAAGGAGGAUGCUGAUUUGUAUGGAGACAACGUUGAGAAGCUUAUUCUCAACCUCCGUCAAGAUCUCGAUUUGCCUUCUCUUCCUGUCAUCCUUGUUGCCCUUGCAUCUGGUAGGGAGUACCUAGACAAGGUUAGAGAGGCACAAAAAGGAAUUAGUGUGGAGAAUGUGGUUUGCGUGGACGCUUUGGGACUGCCUCUCCAAGAAGACAAUCUUCAUAUCACUACUGAGGCACAUAUUCAGCUGGGUCAUAUGAUGGCAGACUCUUAUAUCACACAUUUUCUGACCCAAUAAAUGUCACCACGCCAAUUCUGGCUCUUGCUCUUUUCAAUUCUAUAUUCCUUUCCUGCCAUGUCUUCAUAAUGUAAUAUGAUGUUAAUCAAUGAUAAUGCUAUUUGGUUUGGGUGUGA